CUAUCUAAUACUACGAAGUUUUGAUUUUGGCUCUGUUUUUUCAUUAACCAUGACUAUACUCAUUGAGCAGCUUCCUGUUGAGAUCCAGGCUGAUGAAACGAAUAUUCAUCAUGCUCAGAAUCAAAAGGAAUUGGUAUUGGGUGAUGGAUUUGCAGUUCCUCAAACCAAUGCAUUUGGCCAUAAUUUUAGGGACUACACUGUUGAAAGUGCAAGGCAACAAGGGGUAGAAUUUUUUUACAAGAUCAAUCACUUAAAUCAAACCUAUGAUUAUGUAAGUAAGAUGAGGGUUGAAUAUGCAAAAUUGGACAAGGCAGAAAUGAGCAUCUGGCAAUGCUGUGAACUAUUGAAUGAUGUGGUUGAUGACAGUGACCCUGAUUUGGAUGAACCUCAAAUUCAACACUUGUUGCAAAGUGCUGAAGCCAUUAGGAAAGACUAUCCUAAUGAAGAUUGGCUCCAUUUGACUGCCCUUAUUCAUGAUUUGGGGAAAGUGCUUCUUCUUCCUAGCUUUGGAGAGCUUCCUCAAUGGGCUGUUGUUGGUGACACGUUCCCUGUUGGCUGUGCUUUCCAUGACUCAAUUGUUCACUCCAAGUACUUUAAGGAAAAUCCUGACUAUAAUAAUCCUGCUUACAACAGCAAAUUUGGAGUUUACUCUGAGGGUUGUGGACUAGACAAGGUGUUGAUGUCAUGGGGUCACGAUGAUUAUAUGUACUUGGUUGCAAAAGAGAAUGGGACAACGUUGCCAUCAGCUGGUCUUUUCAUUAUUAGAUAUCAUUCAUUUUAUGCCCUGCAUAAGUCUGGAGCUUACAAGGAACUAAUGAAUGAGGAAGACAAGGAAAAUCUUAAGUGGCUUCAUAUUUUUAACAAAUAUGACUUGUACAGCAAAAGUAAAGUUCAGGUUAAUGUGGAAGAGGUCAAGCCUUACUACAUGUCUCUAAUUGAAAAGUAUUUCCCAGCAAAGCUGAAAUGGUGA